UUCACCCCCUGCUCCAGCACCCCUGGGCCGUGCACCCCAAUCCCUACCAGCGUCCCAUCGCCUUCGGGCUCAAAGUCAGGGGCCGCUGCCCCUUUCAGACCACUGUUUAACGACUUCGGGCCGCCUUCCAUGGGCUUUGUGCGGGAGAUGAAGUCACCAGCGCCCAGGACUCCCAGAACACCCUACAAGGACCUGCUGUCGGUCAUAGAGGAGAUGAGCAAAGAGAUCCGGCCCACCUAUGCUGGCAGCAAGAGCACCAUGAAGGGCCUGAAGAGAGAUAUCAUCCAUGCCCGGGCCCUAGUCGGAGAGUGCCUAGCAGAGACGGAGUGGAGCGUCCGCACGAAACAGGAAGCCCCUCAGCCUCAGGGUCUGGACCUUUCCUGGCCAUUGCAGAGCACCCGCUUCUCCCUGACCUUCAUCCCGAGCUGCACUAGCCAUCCUGGACUUCCUGUCCUGUGUCCCUUGAUGGUGCCCUCCAGGAACCAAGGGGCGGCUCUCACUCGAGGUGGCAGCACUAACUAUGCCCCCCCAAAAACAAGAGUUAGCAGCGAGGUCCCGGUGAGUGCCACCCAUGACCUGCCAAUAGUGUUGCCCACUGGAGCUUUCUGUGGCCCCACUACGCAGCUCUUCCCAGGACUUCUCCCACUUUGUCCUGAGCCUCCUUCUCUCCCAGCAGGGGCUCAGGCCUGGCACCUCUCUGCCCCAUGUCCUGGGCCACAGUGA